UCUAAGAUCGUUAUGGGGUUAUUUUAUAAAAGAAACAGCUUAUGAGGUUCGAGCAGAAAAUUGUAGAAAACGCCAAACUGGACAAGAGAGAGAUAUUAAUUGGUCUCGGAAACCUUUAGAGACUCGGAUCGUUUAUUGACAGGAAAUCAAGUUUCACAUUGACUGCAUGACGCUGUGUUAUAGUAUUAUUCUGUGAAAAAUGACCGACCACAGUAAUUAAGACAAACGUUGUGUGAACAGUCCGGAUUGUCUGACAGCGCCGCCAACUACCAGUUUUCUCUUGUGACAAGAGUUAUAUAUAUAUACAUAUAUAUAUAUAAAGGGCUGUUUAACGCAGUUGGAAGUUCAGCGAGCAUAUCCGAGGCAACGUUAUCGUCGUUUAAUGAUGGAACCAUCUACUUUGAACAUGUUGUGUCAAACAGUUUUACUUACCCUGAUGUUGGCUCUCACAUGCAAUGCCGGGCGGUCUUUAGACGUGGACGAAGCACUGAAACAGAUUCUGUCAGAAAAUAACGACGAGACCUACUACCCUUCAGACAGCACAGAUUUGGACACCAGCGACCGGGCCGUGUCAGAUCUGAUUCGUAGACUCCAACCAGGGUCCGACGACAUUAACAAACGGGUCUUCUGUAAUGGUUUCCGUGGUUGUCGGGGUCGAGGGCGCAAGCGCACAAUGGCAAUGAAACAACAAAGGAUACUUCCGGAGGAGCCACCCGUUCAGAAACGACCAUUCUGCAACGGGUUUUUUGGAUGUGCUAAUGGCAAAAGGUCAUCAAUCCGUGUUCCUUCGAGACAACAGAUUCCUGAUAAGAAUGAGCUCGAAACUGUUCAACUACCAAAACGACUGUUUUGUAACACAUACGGAUGUUUAAACGGCAAGCGAUCAUCUCUGUACAACACGCUCAUGUCGAAGCUGCGCAGUGAUAACCUAGACCAGGUGGAUCCCAACCUGCAGGAGAGACUCUAGAGAAAUGACUACUCCAAGAGGAAGCUACGUGGAUCUGCUACGUAACUGAAAGGAUUACAUUGUAAAUAUGAGGAAAGGCAUUGUCUACUAUAUUUUUACACCGUCUCUUUGUUUGUAGUAAAUAAUGAUCCCCAUUAUCUGUGUGACUAACGUGUGUGAGAAAUAUGUGAAAAUGAAGAGGGCUUUUAAAUUGAAUUUUAUAGAUCAUCCGGAUAGUUUUACUCGGAAAUCCGGUUUUCGGCAUCCGCAACUCUUCGUGUAUUCCAGCGACAAUACCCGAUGAGUUCAGGAUGCGGUUUUCGGUACGCUAGCAUUCCGAGAGAAAAACGUACAUUUAUUUCUAUUUUUUUCUUCCAUAGAAUUUGCUUACAACCCUUCCGCGCUACAGACGUAGACGAACAGAACUGUUGCAUAGAAAGAAUGUCUUAAUAUGCUUUAUAGAUAGCAUUCAGAUAUCUCAUUCACUAGGAACAAUCUUCACACGGAAAUUUAUUCGGAAAUCCUAUAGGUUUCAUUGAAACGCAAGCCACUUGAGCGUGUUAGUCAAAUAUAUAUCCUAAUCACAGCUGCCAGUGCUAUAACAAACAUUCCUAAUAUGAUUGAAGCUGAGUGUAGUAUAAUUUCUGGAGUAGUAUAUUGAUGGUAAAAAGGACUACAAACAUUAAGUUCGCGAAUAACAUUGCACGGAGUAACAUUGUGACAAUUGACAUCCAUAGUCGUUUGCCUGAUCUUGAGAAUUAUUUUUUUGACUAAAUAAACAUGUGGAAUGGUGGCUGUACACUCUUGGAAACUAAGAGAUGAUAAGUGUCUAGCGAUUGGGUCAAUACAUGACAAUGUCCCCUUAAUUUUUGUUUAAGGUCACAAAGUCUCAUAUGGCCUAU